GGGGCUGUUGGGCCAUUGCCUCAGCCAUUGGAGUGCUUGCACGGGAAUCCUGUUCCACCCUUUUUGUCUAAAACCUUCGACCUUGUGGAUGACCCUUCUUUGGAUCCUAUCAUCUCAUGGGGCUCCACUGGUGCUAGCUUCGUUGUGUGGGACCCUAUGGAGUUUUCAAGGCUCGUGUUGCCCCGGAAUUUCAAGCACAACAAUUUCUCCAGUUUUGUUCGCCAGCUGAAUACUUACGGAUUCCGCAAGAUUGACACUGACAAGUGGGAGUUUUUCAAUGAAGCUUUCCAGCGAGGGAAGAAACAUUUACUGAAGAACAUCCAACGGCGCAGGUCAACUCAAUCGCAGCAAGUUGGUAGCUACAUUGGAACUUCUACUGAUGCUGGGAGACCUGGACUCGAGGUUGAAAUAGAGCUACUGAGGAAGGAGAGAAGUAUGUUAAUGCAAGAGGUGGUUGAUUUGCAGCAACAACAGCGAAGAACUGUUCACCAUGCUGGAGAAGUGAAUCAGAGGCUAGAAUCUGCAGAGCAAAGGCAGAAACAAAUGGUUUCCUUCUUGGCCAAGUUAUUUCAGAAUCCGGCCUUCUUGGCUCGCCUUAGGGAUAAGAAGGAACAGAGACAGAUAGAAUCUCCAAAAGCAAGAAGGAAGUUUAUCAAGCAUCAACACGAAGCAGGAAAUUCCGAAACUCCCAAAGGUCAGGUAGUGAGGUACCAACCUGAUUGGAGAAAUAGAACAGUCUCUUCUGAAACUCCGGAACUAAAUCCAGUUUCCUUUGAACAGUCUCCUCAAUAUCUCUCACAGGACUUGGCAAGAGAAAUUUCUGUUGGUGCAGAAAAUCUGACUUCGCAGUUGGACAAAAUCGUGUCAGAUGAAUUGGAUGCGUUGCAUGAGGCCAUGCCAACUCUAGGAAUUGUUGGAGAAGGAUCAUCAAGCUAUGGACUUGAAGAUCCUCUUUCCAAAGGGAAAAAUGCCUUCAACCCAAGUCAAGAUGUUCUUUCAGAAUACUUUGUUUCCUUCCCGGGGAACUGAAGGCAUUAUCAAACAGGAAGAUGCAUGGGACCCUGCCUUCAAUGCUAGUGUUGCUGCUUCAAGUUGUGGGAAUGAGCUGUGGGGUAAUCCUGUCAACCAUGUCGUACCAGAAUUCGGAGGCACUAGUGGCGUGUCCGACAUAUGGGAUAUCGGCUCAGGAAGUUUAGGAAUUGAUAAGUGGCCAGCUGAUGAAUCUCCAAUGGAUAAAAAGGAGAGUCAAGGUGGCCAGCCAGAAGAUGAUAGACCUUAAGAAUGUUAAUCCAUAGGGCUUCAGCUGCUUCUGCAUGCAUUAUUGCCCUUGGAUACUUGAUAUGAUUAGAUUAUAAUUCUAGGGUCCAUAUUAUUUUGAUGUUUGGUUUAUAAACAGUGUUCAUUUACUGGCUUUCAUUCUUUCUUCA